AACUUCAUUCAAUGGAUGCUUAUUUAAAAGCAAUUAAUACUUAUACUCAAUUACAAUCUAUUAAACAAUAUCUUAAUUUAUUUAUUGUACCAGUUCCUGCAGAUUUUCCUGGACAACUUUAUAUUCGUCGUGCUAUUGUUCACAAAUUAAUGCUUGGUGAUCAAACAUCGAUACCUGAUGAAAUUUUACGAUUUAUUCCUAUGUUAGGACCACUACAUGUAUCUUUGAACUCACGUCAAACAACAGUAUCAGUUUAUCACAAAUUUUUUAAUAAACUUUUUAAAUCAAUUUGGAAAAAAAAAGAACUUGCAGUGAAACCUAAAGUAUGGCGAUCAGAUUUAUUACUUUACCUUGCUUAUACAGGGUGGUUACGAAUUAAGCCAACAAUUAUAACUCAAGAAAUGUCUGCUGAGUUUUUAUUAUCUCUGUUUAUUGAUAUUCGAAAUAAAGAUGGUCAAAGUAAAAUAACUUCUUCAAAAAAACGUUCUAAAUGUUUUUUAGCAGCAUUUAAUGCAGAUGUUGAUAUCAAAUGGUUACCAACCGGGUAUCAUGUUUUAAAAAAACCUUCAAAAGACAAAUUUUGUGAUGCAACUAAAUGUAAAUUAAGCUUGUUAGAACCAGGCAAA